AUGACCUCCCUCUUUCCCCGCAAAGAGGCACCCUCGCCGCCAUACAGGGUUCCGAGGGGUGAAAGCUCCGAAACCGGAGAAGACAUAACUCCUGCCUCCCCUGCUGAGUUCGGGGCGGCGAUUCAAAGUCUGCGCGCCAAAAGGACGGCUCCGGGGCCUGAUGGCAUACCGGGUCGUGCCUGGGUACCGGCGGCGGAUAUCUUCGAGGAGAGAAUCGUCGAACUGUUCAGCGACUGUCUCGCUCAAGGGCGAUUCCCAAAAAUGUGGAAAAAUGGGGCCUUGGUACUAAUUAAAAAAGAGGGUCGACCAACUGACUCUCCUGCGGCAUACCGGCCCAUUGUCUUAUUAGAUGAAGCGGCGAAGGUGCUGGAGCGGCUAAUCGCUAAUCGCCUCGUCCAUCACAUGACGACAGUCGGCCCGGACUUGGACGACAACGUGGGCGGUGCGGGGUGCGGCGAGUUGAGCGGCGGCAUGCGGGGCGCGGCGCUGAUACUGGCCGCGCUGGUGGCACUGGGCGCGCGUGGUGCGGCGGGCGGCUGCGGCGUGGCGGAGUUCGCCUGUCGUGGUGGACCGUGCGUGCGCGCGGACGCGUACUGCGACGGCGAGGCUCAAUGCGCGGACGGCAGCGACGAGCCGGCCGGGUGCUCGGUGUGCAAUCGCACGUACUACGGGCGCGCGGGCGUGGCGUACAGCGUAGCACUGCGUGGCGCGCCGCGGGCGCCCUUCCUGUGCCACCUGACGUUCACUGCAGGCGGAGGAGCACACGGGGACCUAGUGCAGCUGGCGUUUGAUGAGUUCCGUGUGGGGCGCUACGAGGCGGGCGCUCUGGACGGCUGCCCCGACGGCUACAUGCAGCUGUCGGAGUUGGGCCGGCCCUUCACCGGCGGCUCGUGGUGCGGAGCGGCGGACGGCGCGGCGCUCUACUACAGUGAGACGGCUACCGUAACCGUCUCCGUCAAACUGUUCCGCGCGAGGCUCGGGGAACCCUUCGGCUUUCGACUGCGAUAUAAAUUUCUGGCGCAACGCGAUGCAAUCGUAAGAUUUGGCGCAGUUGGCGCGCCACUAGAGCGCGGCGCGGUGGCACCCGGCACCUAUUGCACGCGGACCUACGAAGAAUGCCACCGCAAGCGCUGCCGGCUCCAAAGCCCCAACUAUCCGGGCAUGUACCCACGGAACGUGACGUGUUACUGGAGCUUGCGGCAGAAGGACAUCCCGACGUGCAAGCAUGCGAUGCUCUCCGUGCGCCAGGACCACUCGCAUAAAAUGCAGAUCAAGCGCUCAAUAUCCAUGGCCAGUUUGAACAAGACGGGGCGAGCGGUGCGCGCUUGGCGCGAGUGUACGGGCGAGCGCGACCGGCUCAUCUUCUACGACGGCGCGUCCACUGACGACCCCGUGCUUAUCGAGUACUGUGGCGGUGACUGGCUGCCGCGGGUCACUUCGCGCGGGCCCGAGAUGCUGGUAGCUUUCCACUCGUCACCGUUCAGCGCGCCCCCGCGCCCCGCCGCCCCCGCCGCGCCUCUGAGGGGCUUCGAACUAGACGUCGACGUCGUUUUUGCCGAUUCAGAUUCACUCGAUUACGCUCGAGAAGCGAGACGAUGCGAGUUCCACGUCAAAGCCUCGUCGUCGGAAGAAGAAACGAACGCGACAUCGGCUGGCGGGCGAGGACGCCGCGGCCGACUGCACGCGCCCACGCACACGCUACCUCCUAACACCACUUGCACGUGGACGUUUCAUGGUCGACCAGGAGACCUCGUCUGGAUAUACUUUUCAAGCUUCACACAAUACUCGUUGGUCGAACCGAAGCGGGUCGAAAGCAGCGAACGCGACGAGGAACCCACGCCAGCAUCGUCUCCUAGGCCGCUCUUGCAGGCUGGCGGGAUGCGCGGUAGCGGAGCUCGCGUGGGUGGUGGCUGUGCCGUUGAGCUGCGCAUUUGGGACGGCGGGGGGGAAGGCGAGACGGGGUCUCAGUCACUCGGACAUUACUGUGACAUAGCGCCGGCGCUGUGCGCGCGCGCGGCGCUCGCCAACGCCACGCGCUCGCCGCGCCCUUGCGCGCCGCCCGACGGCUACGUGUCGGCGGCGCCGCUGCUUACGCUAGCGGCUACCUCGGCGCCGGGGACGGCCACUCAUCCUCUCACGUUUUCUCUACAUUAUGAAUUCGUAGACGCCCGGCUGGAAGGUGCGCCUUUGCCCCUCGCCGAAUCGGGUGGGUUGAGAGUCGAGCCGCCAGAAUGCUCUAGACGACUGACCGCUCCGGGACUUUUCGCAUCGCCCCGUAAUGCUCUAUGGUUCGGGCGCGGGGGCGCUCGACGCUUGCGAUGUCUCUACAGAUUGGAGACGGAUGGCGGCCGAGUGGAGCUACGACUACACGCGGCAGCCUUCGGUCGGUCGCCGCGUUGCACAACCAGAGUCGAUUCGGUGACCGGACAACUUAUCUGCGCACCGGACCCGCCGGAGCCGGGAGAAUUGCGACCCAGUGAUGCUCCUUUCGACGGUGUAGAGGACGAUGAUUUAUAUCGGGUGCCACAUUUACGGAUAUAUGAGUCGCCUUGGGCGGGGUACCGCGUGCCGGUGGCGUGUGUGUGCGACAACUCCACCGCGCCGGUGACCAUCAGCUCGGGGGGUCCAGCGCUUGAGCUAGAGCUGGUCGCCGGCAAGCUGCUGGCCGCGGAGGACCAGCGCCACGUGCACUUCCGGGGCGAGUGGGCGCGCACAGUAGCACCGGCGUGCGCCGCGCGCCGUCGUCUUCCACCGCCCGGCAGCACCGUACAUCUGGAUUACCCAUAUAACGUGAACAAGAUGUCGGAAUGUGCGGAAACACCAUUCUUGUUGGCGGCGCGCGGCAACCGGUCGGUGUUCUUGCGCGUGUGGGGAGAAGAGCUGUCCCCGGGAGUGGGGGCGGAGGCGGGAGCGGAGGGGCACUGCGCCACGGCCAACCGCGUGCUCGUGUACGAUGCUCACUCCGCUCGGUUACUAAAGGCGGUGUGCCCCGGCGAGCAGGAGGGGCGCACCGUGCAGCUCUUCACGGAGGAGUGGUGGGCGCGCGGGGCGGGCGCGUCGGCCGGGGGGCGCGGGGCGGCGCUGCUGCUAGUGUGGGCGGCUCGCGAGGCAGGGGCCGCCAAGUUCGCCUGGAUGGAAAUUUGGCGCGCGGGGCCGGGCGUUAACACUAGCGCCUGCGCACACCCAUGCGAGGUCCUGGGCGCCUGCAUGCCUGGCGCGUUAUGGUGCGACGGGCGCGCCGACUGUCCGGGCGGCGGGGACGAGCGCGGCGCGUGCGGCGCGGGCGCGCGUCUCCUGGCGGCGCUGGCGGCGCCGGCUGCGGCUGGUGCGGCGCUGGCGGCGGGCGCGUUGGCGGCGCUAGCACUACUGGCCGUGCUGGCGGUGAGACGCGCGCGCGCUCGCGACAAGCGGCCGCUGGCCGCGCUGGCUGCCGGCCGCCGUCUCACGGACGAACUGCUGUUCGACGCAUCGCGGACCUCCUCCUCGGCAUCCUCCUGACGGCGGGAGCGCUCCGUCGAAUACAUCCACGUGGACCGCGAGACCACAGUCUGACGGAGCGCCCCGCCCGCACUCGACGCUCGCUUUAUGUGAAAUCGUCGCGACGAACUCGAAACUGUAGACUUAUGUAUAUGAAAUCGAGAGUGAGGUCGCGGCGCCAAAAUGUCGAAGAACCUGUGAAACGAUCGCACAGCAUCAUGUAAAUUAUGUAAAAAUCCUUGCGUGUUAUAGAAGAACCGGUGCCCCGCGCCCCGCGUCCGCGCCGCGACCUCCACCUGUACAGCUUUAAGUUACUUAACGGUCGUAGUGUACACGUUUGUGAUCCAUUUAAUUAUAGAAACAUUGAAAUUUGUUUGUCAACGUAUGGACAUUCAUAUUAAACAUAUUAAUACUUUGAUAUUGAAAUCACGAAC